UUUGGAUUUUUUAGUAAUCUGGAGAAUAAGCAUGAAAUUUAUACUUUGCAACAAUACGAAGAGUCGCAAAAACUUAAACUUGUUGAAGACAUCAAAGGAAGUAAUAACAACAACAACAAUACUGGCUGUAACAACAAAAAUGAGAUUUUAAAUAUUAAUACAAAAGAAAUUAAAUCGGCUCCACAACAACAAAAAGCAGAAAAACUUGAAGACAACAAGGAGCAUAAAAUCGAAAUACCACUCAAUAACAACGGCAACAACAAGAAUAUUGCUAACAAUUCAAAUAAGCCACCAGAAAUUACUGAGAAUUCAUUCAAUUCCAUACAAAUCAAACGUGAACAAACACCACCUGUUGUAGUUACUGCUGCAGCAACACCAAAUCCAAUUACUCCCAACAACAGCAACAAUAAUACAAUUGAACCACAAAAACCAAUUUUAUAUAAAAAUUAUAAUAACAAUCCCACAGAUAAUAAUAACCCAUCCCUGUUGCCACAAGCAAUUGCCGCAGCAACAGGCACAACAACAAAUUUACAUUGUCCCACCACCACGGUUACGCGUACCAUUUUCGAAAAUAACAAACCCCCACCGCCAGCUUCCACGGUUACCCGGGCCAUAUUCGAAAAUAAAUCCUUGUCCAAAUACGCCGAUGACAAGGGUCCCAAGACAGUAACCUCUUCGAUUUUACGUCCGGCAACAUCGGCCGUCUUGCAACACGGUGUGAAUUUACCAACAACCACAUCGACCCAGGCAAUUUUACAAUUGCAACCAACAACAACAGCAACUGCUUUGAAUGUUAAUCCUUUGGGUGGUGCACAAUCGGUGACGGCAUCUGUAUUUGCACCCCGAUCCCAACAUAUACCCUUGACCACAACCACUGCAUCCAUAUUUGCUAAGCAUCAUCAACAGCAGCACCAACAACAACAAAAUCCACAGCAGCAGCAGACAGAAGCGGUCAAUCAACAAGAUAUGAAUAAAGGAUAUUUAACAUUUGCCGAAGAUGCCAGUGAACUAACAAUGCUUAAAGAAGAACCUGAUGAUCUAACAGCCCAUUUGGUGGCCCCAAAUGCCGUCGAUGCUUGUCUGCCACUCGAUGAGACGACACCAUUGUUCAGUGAAAUGCUUGUCGGUCUAAUGGGCACUUAUGGUGGCCUCCUGUCCGAUGAUAUCAGUUCUUUGGAUACAUCCAAUUCAGCGUCAUCAAAUACAGAUCACAGCAACAACAACUGCAAUAGUUCAUCUGGCUCCUGUCCAUCGCCCUUCAGUAAUCACAAUGGAACAGCCGUCGCUGCAACAACGCAUAGCCAACACCACCAACAACAGCAUCAGCAGCAGCAUCAUCGGCAAUCGCCAACCCUAACAAUGACAAAUAGUAGCAUAACAAACGGUAAUAGCAACAGCAACAGCAACCACAACCACCACCACAACAACAACAACAGCAAUUCACCAGUAACCAAUAAUACAACAAAUAGCACAAAUAUCGAUCCAUUUAUAAAUAAUAAUCGCGAUGAAUCGAAUGAUACGCUUUGUUCGCAGCAUUUAUUAUCAUCACCAAGUGCUUCAUCAAAGAGUCCCGAUGGCAGUAGUCUACCCUCGCUGUGCAGCCCCAAUUCGCUGAGCCAAGAAGAUGACUUCUCCUAUUACACCAUGAACGUUGACGACAUGGAUGACUUGACAAUGCGUGCCCCCUAUAUUCCCAUGAAUGAACAGGACGAUUUGCCGCUACUGACCACGGACGAUUUCAUGUGGAGCAGUGGUAAUGCCUUCAAUGCUGAUGAUUUUUCGCUACAGACAAAAGAGACGGACAACUUGCAGGCAUUGCAAUCAUCGAUUAAUCAAAACAUCAAUUAUCAACAGCAGCAAUUUACACAGCCGCAGCAACAACAACAGCAAUAUUCAAGCUCAUUAUGCUCAUCGCCAGCCUCAACAGUAUCCUCAAUGUCGCCAUCGUCGCCCAUGCAACAGCAACAGCAUCAGCAGCAACAACAACAACAAAUCCAACAAAAUAAUUCUCAGGUAUUUUUAACAUCAGAUUCCAGUGAAUUGGCUGCCCUACUUUGUGGUACCGGUUCAGGAUCGUUAUCCUUGCUGCAGGAUAAUUCAACAAAUUCGUCAAUUGGUAAUUGUGGUGGUGCCGCCGGUGUGUUGGUGAGUAAUGGUGGAGGUGGUGGUAGUAUUGGCAGUACUGACAGUGGUGUUAUGUUAACCGACGAUUUGGAUAAUGUCAGUGUGGCCUCAGCCUCGUCGUCUGCCAAUAAUCUCACCCAGCAACAACAACAGCAACAUGAAUUCCAGCAGCAAUGUUUGCAACAAUUGCAAGAUCAAUUGCAGCAACAGCAACGCCAACAACAACAAUUGUUAUUGAGUGGUCUAAACAUCAGUUGUAAAAAAGAGAAAUUCGAUGGCUCGGCCAAUAAUGGAACACCGGUUUCACUUACGCCCAGUUUGUGUGAUUCCAUUGAAGACUCGUUCGACAGUGUCUACAACAAGAAUUCAUCAAACUUGGAUUGUUGGAGUGAUUUCUUGCAAAUCAACAAUGCCACAGACAAUAGCAACAACAAUACAACUACAGCAACAACAACGCCUCAACAUGUAACCGUAACAUUGGAAAAUUUGCGACAUGAAGACUGUAAACAACAAAUACAAAUGCAAUUGCAACAGCAACAACAACAGCAGCAGCAGCAACACCAGAACAUUAUAUUAAAUGCAGUGCCAUUAAUAACAAUUCAAAGCAAUAACAAAAAUCUGAUUAUACCAACAACCACACAGCAGCCGCAACAACAAUCCCAAAACAAUUCCCCCAACUCCCUGAAUUCGACGCAAAGCAAUACAAAAAUUCUAAAUACUAAAGUGAAUACAAUCAAAUUGACCCCCUUGACUAGUACGGCCACAAUUCGGAUUAUUGAAAAUCGUCAGCCUUUGAUGCAACAGCAACAGCAGCAGCAGCAGCAACAAAAUGUUGUGAAAACCGCCUUUUUGCACACAACCGGUGGCAAUAAACGUCAUUUGAGCAACUCGCAAUUGUCGAAUACCAGCAUGGAUUCGAAACGCAUGAAGGGCAUUAAUGCCGAAUCGACAACAACAACUUCACAGUUGUUGCAACAAUUGAUAACGACGCCCCAAAAUGGUAAACAACAACAACAACAAGCAAAGGAUUCAAAGGCAAUGAUGACCAACAACCACAACACCAACUCCAAUAAAUGGUCAUCACAAAAUUCCAAUGUUGUAAUGGCUGAAAACAAACAACAACAACAACACCAACACCAGAAACAGCAAAGGCAGCAACAACAACUUUCGCAACAAUCAAAUUCGGUUCUAAAGAAUCUUUUGAUCAGCGGCUGCGAUAAACCACAAUUGCAAAAUACGGACAUACUAAACAAUGACGAAUCAUCAAUGGACCAAUGCUUGUCGCCAGCUCUGGCCAAGCCUCUGAAAUGUCUUACAAAUUCGGCAACUUCUUCGCCGACACCCAAUGAAACGGGUUUGCUGAAUUAUCUAAACAAUCCCUUGAUUUGUGGACCAGGUGUUUUGCCAUCACCCACCUUGGCCUCGAUGGCUGUUAUCAACGAUGAUUCCAAUCCACCCGGUCUUACUGCUUGUCCCGAUAUUGUGGAGGGGGCCAAUGAUAGUGGCAUUGACGAUAGUAUCCAUGAAAAUAUGUCACCACUUAAGAGGGCCUAUGAAGGAAACGAUUCCACAAAUCAAGAUAAACAACAAAUGAAAUUGAAUAAAAAUGGACUCGUUAUGGUGGCUGAAGUUACGCCAAUGGCAGCGGUAAACCAGAGCAGUGGUGGCAAUGAUGAUGAUAUGGGUGCCUCCAUUUGCAAACGCAAACGUUCGAUUUCAUUUUUGGACAGCAAUAAUCCCUUGAUGGCCACACCAUUUCUAAUGGAUUUGUGCAAUGAUGAUUAUGUCAUGAGUCUGGGAGAAAAUUAUAUUGACAAUGUUCUCAAUGUCUGGCCCGAAGAACUGGCCUGAUGUAUGGCAUAAUUAAAUAAAUAAAUAAAUAAAUAAUAAACAUAAACAAAACAGAACACACAAAAUAAAUAACUUUGACAAUGAAAUGAAAACAAAACAAAAACUCAUAAUAAAUAAUCUACAAAACUUUUGCUUAAAUAAAACAAAACAAAAAAAUAUUUGUUGAUUUUCAUAAAAAAAUAAAGUGUUGCAACAUCUCUUUUAGUAUUCUUGUAACACACAAUUGUAAAAUAGUUUUUAAGCCACAAAACAAACACCAGCAAAUUCCCACAAAAUAGAAAAAGAAAAUCACACCAAACACACCCCCCCCACCCUUUUUGAACUGCCCCCGUUUUUAGGAUCCCGAUUUUGUCCUGGAAAAUAACCACACAAAAACUAAAAAUCAAAACAUAAAAAUUAUAUUCUAUAGAUUUUAGAACCAACAAACAUAAUAUAUUUUUAUAUAGAAUGAACAGGAAAAAAUUAAAAAAAAAACAAAAAAAAAUUAAAAAAAUAUUAAUCAUAGAUAUAUUUUUCUUUAAAAAAUAUAUAAAUAAAACAAUUGGUGAAGGUUUAAAUACAGUUUUUUUUUUCUUGAUUUCUUUUAAAAAUAAAUGUUGUAAUCAAAAUUUUAUUCAAAUUCAUCUUUUUCAAAAAAACAAUAAUUUUCAACUAGCUAUGAUUAAUCAAAAAAUCCAAAAAAAAAAAAUAUUUUUAUUCUAUGGUAGUUAAAAAAACAAACAAACAACAAAAAUAGUUUAAAGAAUUUAAGAGCAUUUAUUCAUAUAAACCUAUAAAGAUACAUAAAAAAGAACAGAUUUUUGUUGAUUUCAAUUAAAAUUUCGUUUAUUCAAAUUUAUAAA